GCAUUGUCUUCAGAUCCAGAAGCCCAGCUUCGGUGAGACUCGACAUGGCCCGGGCACCAGCGCGGGCCCGAGGUAGCAGAGGUCUGAACUGCCUAGCCGGGAAGAUGCAAGCCAACCCCAUCUGCAUUCCAACUGUUAGCAAUGACACCGACUGGGACUUCUGCUUCCACCUGUCACAGCAAACCAGAAUCCCAGCACAAGAAACAGACGACUUGCUCUCUGCUUGUCACUGUGAAGAGAUUGAGGAAGACACUGCAGAUCAGGAAUCGGGGAUGACUGCUGACUGUCUGUCUAUUCCAAAACAGAAGUUAGCUCAGUCCCAGAAGAAAAUUAAUCAACUCAUUAAUGAAAGAAUGAGUACCAAAGCAAACAAGGAGCUGAUUCGGUGUUUCAUCCUCUCUCAGAUUGUUUUUGGGAAAGAACACUGGAAAUGUGCACAGGCUUUAGCCAACCUGGCUUAUGGUUACCUGACACUGAGAGGCCUCCCAGCUCAGGCCAAGAAACAUGCGGAGAAGGCCAGGAACACACUGCUGACCUGGAAGCGAAACACGACCUCAGACAAGGAAAAGAAGGAAAUCCUGGAAACUCUGGUCAUACUCUACUAUACUCUGGGGAUAGCCUGGCUCCUACAAAACCAUGGCAAACAGGCCUACAUCCACCUGCAGAAAGCGGAGAGAAAUAUGAAUGAACUGAAAGAGAUAAACAAUGGCAGCAUUUGUGGAAUCCAAGUCUCGGAGAAAGACCUAACCAUUGCCUUGGGCAGAGCCUCCCUGGCCAUGCACAGGAUGAACCUAGCUCUGGCAUAUUUUGAGAAGGCAAUUUGCGGUGUUAUCCUUGCCAAGGGUCAUGACACGUCAGAUCUGAUUAGUUUGUAUGAAGAAAUCGCUCAGAUCGAGCAGCUGAGGAAGAACCACGAGCAGGCCAUCCAGUACUUGCAGCAGGCCUAUUCUAUCUCUGUUGCUUCGUUUUCUGAAGUCAGCCCCCAAACUGCCGAGGCGAGUGCUUUACUAGCAAAAGCUUAUGCCAUGUCCGGAGAAUCGCAGCACAGGGAUGCCGUUGAGGUAUAUUUUAUAAGAAGUAUUAGUACAUACCAAACCCUAGGCUCAGAAGACUAUGAAACUCUUACAACCAUUGAAGACUUUUGUACGUGGCUCAUCCAAAAUGGGGAAAAACAGGAGGCUUACAGACUGCUAAAGUCUACGCUGAAUUCUGGUGCCUUUGGUGACUGUGGCAAAAAGGUAGCUGAAACGUUCUAUAACAUGGGCAGUGUCUGUUUUGCCAAAGGAGAACUCAGAGAAGCGAUGGAGCUGCUGAGGAAGUGUCUGAUGAUUCAGAGUCUCAUCUAUGGAAGUGAGCACACUAAGAGCAUAGAGACUAAAAGCCUCCUUUCCCUAUUGAAGAGGGCAAGUUUAUCCAGAUGGAGAAAAGAAACCGCUCCAGUAAGAAAGAAAAGUGUGUGCAGAGACAGAGUGGAGUGA